AUGGCUAUCAAGUGGAGUCUAUUCAAUUUUUCGGGAGAUCAUCUCUAUCGAGACAGUCUUUUUGGAUUUUCGUCUUUUGCUAGACAUCGAGCUUUCGAUUUUUUCUUCUACGGGAGUUUAUGCUAUUAUGCUUCUACGACGGCUUUUACAUGCAUCUACAAAGGCAAACGACGACAAACAUAUCGCAGUCUAUGUAAGGAACAGCCCCAAUAUUGA